CAUCCGACCAUCCCCGUCCGGCGACGGCGAGCCCCGCCCGCGUCGUCCCCACCCGACGCCAUCGCCAUGCGCAAGCUCCCAACCGCAUCGCCUUCACCGGAAAGCAACAUGCCACCCUCCUCGUGCCCUGGUGCUCCUUCACCUCCUCCGCUACAUUCCACUCCCACUUCGCCUCCUCGCGCCCCACAACCCGAACUCCAACCGGCCAGCCAUGGCCCCCGCCGUCGCCGGAGACUUCAUCCCACACGAGGACGACGACGAUUUCUUCGUCGAGUACAAUCCUCACCCCUACCGCGGCGGCUACGACAUCGCCGCCACGUUCGGCACCCCUCUUCCACCUUCCGCCAACAUUUGCUACCCGGUCUCCUCCUCUGCCGCUGCCUCCGUACCCACUGUACCCUCGCCGCCUUCGCCCACACCGGAGCCGGAGGAACCUCGUGGCGAUGAGGAAGCCCCGCGGGAGCCGGUGCAAGAAUCCCCGGAGGUGUUUCCAAACGGGGCGUCGACGAAAGGGAAGGUGCGGAGGGGCGGGUGGUGCGGACGCGGCUUCUGGAGGAAAUGUGUACGGGGGUUGGAUUACCUGUUCGGCUACAAGGAUCCCUACGCGGAGCAGCGGAUUGGGGUGGAUAGCUACGUCGUUCCAGUUUAUGCGAACAGGAAACAAAGCGGGGAGGAUGCCUUGGCCGUGGAGGUUGAGGUGGCGCCACCGGCGGUGGGAAGGGUGGAGCCGCACGAUGGCAGCGAGGAGCUGGUUCAGAGCAAUGAAUUAUCUUGGCAUAGUAACUACAGAGAUGAGGCCAAUUCUUAUAGCCAGUCCAUGUCCAAUUCCUACUAUACACCUUUUGCACAAUCUUAUGGCCUUCCUGGUGUUUUGGGCAAGCCAGAUUGGUUUCCAAAUUUCAGCUACUCAGAGUCUCAUCAAGUAGAGGAAUUUCAGCAUGAGGCAUUGUCAUCCUACGAUGUUGAGCACAUGAUCUCUGGUCACCCUAUUUAUUGUUAUCACCAUCAUUGCUAUAAACAAGCACUAAAUGUCCAGGUCGAACCCACGGAACCAGUUUCUUCUCAGAGUUUGGAGUAUUAUGAGCAUUUUUCAAAAUAUUGUGACCAAAGUGAUGUCCACAUCUUGGAAACUCCAGCACAUGCAUGCAACAUUCAGUCCUAUACACCGACCUUUGAUGUGCCACUUGAACCUUUUAAGCCAUCAUGGUCUCAGAUUUGGGGCCUUUAUGAUGCCUAUAUGCAAGGGGAUGCUCUUGAAAACGAUUCACAUUCUGUAGUAUCUGGUGAAUAUGGAGGCAUUGGAAGCUUGUUCAUUUCCCCCUUAUAUCCUAGAGAGACAGAAAUAUUUGACCAGGCCCCUGGUGAUGAGCUUGCAUCCUUUCAGCAUAACAGGCAUAAUUUAAGCUACCGGAAUGUGUACAUAGAUGAUGUCCCUCUAAUUACUCAACAGGCUGAAGAUUCCUACAGUAUGAAUGGUUCCUUCUGGCCUUUUGGGGAACACUCGGCAUACAAUGUCUAGUCCAUGUUAUAAUGUUAUCCCUGGGCAAUAUUCAUGUAUACUCGGCAUAAAUAAGCAUCUGUGUACGAUUAAGAGAUUAUUUACCAAACUCCAUGCAUGUCAAAGCAAAUGGUUGACUUCAUUCAUUAAUAAACUUAAAUUUGUGUGCUUUGUCCGUUUAUAA